GCGCCGGAGGCCGCCGCUGCUGCCGCCAUGCCGCUGCUCUUCCUCGAGCGCUUCCCGUGGCCCAGUCUCCGCACCUACACGGGCCUCAGCGGCCUGGCCUUGCUGGGCACCAUCGUCAGCGCCUACCGCGCCCUCAGCCAGGCCGAGGCCGGGCCCGACGAGCCCGAGCCGCUAACGGCCCCGCUGCAGCCCCACGCGCCCGCGCCCGCCGACGGACCCGGGCCCCGCGACGUGGCCCUCUACCUGCUCUCCGACAGCCUCUUCGUGUGGGUUUUAGUAAAUACUGCUUGCUGUGUUUUGAUGUUGGUGGCUAAGCUUAUCCAGUGCAUUGUGUUUGGCCCUCUUCGAGUGAGUGAGAGACAGCAUCUCAAAGACAAAUUUUGGAAUUUUAUUUUCUACAAGUUCAUUUUCAUUUUUGGUGUGCUGAAUGUCCAGACCGUGGAAGAGGUGGUGAUGUGGUGCCUUUGGUUUGCUGGGCUUGUUUUCCUGCAUUUGAUGGUUCAGCUAUGCAAGGACCGAUUUGAAUAUCUUUCCUUUUCUCCCACCACACCAAUGAGCAGCCAUGGGCGAGUCCUGUCUCUGCUGAUUGCUAUGCUGCUGUCCUGCUGUGGCUUGGCGGUCGUUUGCUGUGUCACAGGCUACACCCAUGGCAUGCACACCUUGGCUUUCAUGGCUGCAGAGUCUCUCCUUGUGACAGUGAGGACAGCUCAUGUGAUUUUAAGAUAUAUAAUUCACCUCUGGGACCUCCACCAUGAAGGGACCUGGGAAGGAAAGGGAACCUACGUCUAUUACACUGAUUUUGUCAUGGAGCUCACGCUCUUGUCCUUGGACCUCAUGCAUCACAUACAUAUGUUGUUAUUUGGCAACAUUUGGUUAUCCAUGGCCAGCCUGGUUAUCUUUAUGCAGCUUCGUUACCUGUUCCAUGAGGUACAGCGUCGAAUCCGUCGGCACAAAAAUUAUUUGCGUGUGGUUGGAAACAUGGAAGCCAGGUUUGCAGUGGCAACUCCAGAGGAGCUAGCUGUCAAUAAUGACGACUGUGCAAUCUGCUGGGACUCCAUGCAGGCUGCGAGGAAACUGCCCUGUGGACAUCUUUUCCACAACUCCUGUCUUCGUUCCUGGCUAGAGCAAGAUACCUCUUGUCCAACAUGCAGAAUGUCUCUUAAUAUCGCUGACAAUAAUCGUGCCAGGGAGGACCAUCAAGGAGAGAACUUGGAUGAGAAUUUGGUUCCUGUAGCAGCUGCUGAAGGCAGACCUCGCUUAAAUCAGCACAAUCACUUCUUUCACUUUGAUGGGUCCCGGAUUGCGAGCUGGCUGCCGAGUUUUUCAGUGGAAGUGAUGCACACUACCAACAUUUUGGGCAUUACACAGGCGAGCAACUCUCAGCUAAAUGCUAUGGCUCAUCAGAUUCAAGAGAUGUUCCCCCAGGUCCCAUACCACCUUGUACUGCAGGACCUCCAGCUGACACGCUCUGUGGAAAUAACAACAGACAACAUCUUAGAAGGACGGAUCCAAGUACCUUUUCCCACACAGCGGUCAGAUAGCAUUAGACCUGCCCUCAACAGCCCAGUGGAAAGGCCCAGCCCUGAUCAGGAAGAGGGAGAAGCUCCUGCACAGACGGAGCGUGUGCCCCUGGACCUCAGUCCUCGCCUGGAGGAGACCUUGGACUUCAAUGAGGUGGAAGUGGAGCCUAGUGAGGUGGAAGACUUUGAGGCCCGGGGGAGCCGCUUCUCCAAGUCUGCCGAUGAGAGACAGCGCAUGUUGGUUCAGCGGAAGGACGACCUCCUACAGCAAGCACGGAAGCGAUUCUUAAACAAAAGUUCUGAAGAUGACAUGGCCUCAGAGAACCUCCUCCCCGCAGAAGGCACAUCUUCUGACCCCGUGACCCUGCGUCGGAGGAUGCUGGCUGCUGCUGCUGAGCGGAGACUUCAGAAACAGCAGACUUCCUAGCGCUUCCUCACUUUCCUCAGCCUCCUCCUGAGCCUUGCUGACUGGAAGAGGCCUGCCCUAGUUCCUCCUGCUGUGUGGAGCGUGGGGACAUGGGCUUGACUGCAAUGCCACUGUAUAAAGCAUGUGGUCUUAAUAGUGUUUGGACAGUUGACAAAUUUAAUCCUUUGUAAUACUUUCUAUGUGACAUUUCUCUCCCUUAGAAACAUUGCACAUUUUAACUCUAGGCAUGAUCUCUUCUGGUAUUGACUGAACUUCUUGGGGUAAGGGACAAGCAAGAGGAAGUGGGCACCCACAUUGCCUGCAACAGGUAGCUUCAAUUUCUGCUUUGUGUAAAAGUUACAGUGUUGGCGGCCUUGGCGCUACAGUUGGGAUUAAGCAUGGGUGCUGGGGAGGGUGCAUUAACAGUAGUAAGGGGCUGCAUAGCAGAAACCUGACUACACCACAGAAAAUUAUUCUGUUGUCCAGUGCUGUGCUUAGGAACAAAACAUCUAGCAAGUUCCAAAGGGCGGGUCUGCAGGCUCUGAUAGCUCUGGAACGGGUUUAGUUCUUGGAUCAGAAAGGGAAAGCCCAGGGUGCAGGAGGAGGAGGACACCUCUUUCUGUCCCUAAUACUUGAGAGUGAUGGGAGCCCCUGAUCCACAGCUGGCUUUACUUGUGUUCUCUGUGGUGCUCCUGCAGUGCAUGCACCUGCCCCUGUGUGUCCCUCUUUCUUCCCCAUUUCCUGCCCUCUGGGCAUGGGAAGGGGCUGAGCAGCAAGCUUUGGUUAUGGUUUUAAUUCCUUGGUCAAGUAAAGUGGGCAAGGCCAAAGCCUAUGGGUUUGACCCUUGAAACAGGUACGAGCCUUGCAAGGUGGGAGAGUGAGUUUUGGAAGACAUUUUUGAAGAACUGCUUUUUCUAGCCCAGAGUGCUUCAUUGCCUUCAUUUUGUUCCUGUGGUUUAAUAAACAGAAAGGGGAGAUGCUGAAUAAUCCACAUGCCUUGGAGCUGACUGCUCCUGGGUCUUCUCAGAUUCUCUACAUAUUUAACUAAGGAUUUGAAACACAAUCAUAGCUUACAUAGUUUUAUGCCCCAUUGGAUUAAGUUUUUUUUUUUUUCUUCAUGUUUGAAAACAUAGUUUUAUGGUAGUUCUUUUGGGAAGAAUCCAGUAUUAUCUAAAAUUAUUGGCAAAAUAAAAUGUUUUACAUAACUGAACGUUUUUAGAAUGUUGACAAGUAAUUGAAGAAAGGAUAAUAGGUAAAUAUGUAGUUAUAAUUUAUUUCAAUCUUUCAAAAGCCUUAUCUUGAAAUGCUGUUAGUAAAUUCCUGUGAUUUUUUUUUU